UUUCAGCCAGUCCUCUCAUGUUCACACUAGUACUACUGUGUAGCUUCACAUAAACACAGAGCGACGCACAAUGCUCAGCUGACCGGACCUCGGACAAGACCCAUAACUUCGUGUCAUUUCAGCCUUCUUUGUUAUUAUGCUGCCUUUUACUUCGUGAAUGUAUAUCAAGCACCACAGCCAAACAAUGAGAGGCAUCCUUAAGAGAAAGUUUGCAGAGGUCGAUGACAAUCCCUGCUACUCCUCCCCCUCUCCUCCGUCCUCCCUCUCCUCCCCUGCCUCCUCGGAGUGGGAGUCUGACGGGGAGAGCAACUUGUCCGACAACCAGGAUUUCACCCCUCAUAGCCCUUCUUCUUUGCCCAUUCGGUCCAUCCUGAAGAGGCCCAAGCUUGGGUGUGCGCAGAGCAAUGUGCGCUUUGACCAGGUGAUGGUGUUCAGUUUCCCACGCUGCCAGGGCUUCACUAGUGUGCCCAGACGUGGAGGUGCCACCCUGGGCAUGGUGCGGAAGCACAGCAACCUCCAAAGGUACACAGUGGCAGAGCAUGCCCUGGAGCAACGGCAGAGGCGCAGAGAGAGGCUCUGGGAAAGACAGAGAGAAGAGAGGUUCAAGGCACUGAAACACAAACUGAUCACCACUGGGGCCAUGGACCAAGUAGAAGCAGACAGACUCACUGUGGAUCAAAUCCCAGAUGAAGACAGUGACAUCCACAUCACUGAUGCUGAGCUGAAGGAUGGCAGUUUCCUGCGGCCGUACUCCUCCAAACAGCGGCAAGCGCUCCUCCAGGCGGCGGGGGUGAAGCGCAUCGACAGGGAGGAGAAGAGGCAGCUUCACGCCCUGCGUCUCUCCAGAGAGGCCUGUGGAUGUGACUGCCAAGGCUUCUGUGAACCGGAGACAUGCGCCUGCAGUCUGGCAGGCAUCAAGUGCCAGGUGGACCGCUUUAACUUCCCAUGUGGCUGCACUAAGGACGGCUGUGGAAACACUCAGGGACGCACUGAGUUCGACUCCAGACGUGUGCAGACCCAUUACAUCCACACUGUGAUGAGACUCGAACUGGAGAGACGUCUGCAAGAUGAAACACAGAGCCGGGAGGACCAAACAGGGCUUCCAGAGGACCUUGUAGAGUAUGAGGACCAGGAUGAGGCUUGUGCAGUGCAGAAUAAACAGGAUAAGAGCUGCCCCUUUGCAUUUACCAUGGAGGAAGACAGUCUUUCUCUCACCCUGCCUGCCGCUCCUGCCUUCCAUUUCAUCCCAGAGCGGUUAGUGGUGGAGGAGAACAGCUGCAGCAGCAACAUGACUGAAUCCUCCUGCUCCUCCUCGGACUCUGAUGCAGGAGGAUCCCUCACUGGGAGUCUCCCUGAAGUUGACAGCGGGUUGCCUCAUUCCCUUAAUAUCUGUGACUCUGAAAAUAAUGACUACUCUAUGUGCAGUCAGCUGCAAACAACUACUGACAGUAUGGGACCACUUACAGCCAACACAUUCACAGACAACAUAAGCAGGACCUCACUGACAGAUUAUCUUGAUGAAAAUGCAAACCAAGCCAGAGACUUCUUUGACAGCGACUCUCUUGAGGACUUCCCCAACACCCCCUCCCCCACUGUGGACUAUUCCUCAGGCAGGUACAUGGACCUGAGUCUGUCCUCCGACUCCGACCUGGAGUUCUUCGACAGCGACUACCCCUCUGGACCACUGCACAGCUCUUUUAAAGGACACAGACAUCCAGACAGCUUUUGCCAUCUCCAGCUGUUUAGCUCUGUUAAUCUGCCACAGUACGAGUCGAGCACCUACCUCCUGGAGUCUCUGAUCGGUCUGACUGAACCGAGCCCAGAGCAGACUUACUCUGUCACAGAUAAUCAGUUUUUAUAGAUGAUUCAAGGGACUCUUGUGACAUAACAUGAAGCUACGUGAGAGAGCACUGCUUUUAUAUAUUUGUAAGAAUUUAUAAAAAUUGUAUAAAGAAUGAUUGAUAAAAUAUUUUUUUUUCCAAGUUAGAUAUUUUUUGUAUUGACUAAAAGUAAUUUGCCUUUGUUUCAGAGAGAAACCACACUUGAGUAAUCUAAUAUAUGUCCUGUUUAUUUUUAUCUAUGUAAUGACUUGUUAUUUAAUUUCUCCUGAGAAUAUUGGAUUCUGAUGAAUGGAGGAUAUGCAUCAUUUUUAAAAGUUAACAAAGGGGAAAUGCAGAGUUAUCAUUUCAAGGCCAUAUUUCCCCUAGAUAUCAAUUAAAACACCUGUAUGUUGCUGGUAGCUGGCUGUGGAUAAUCCACUUUGACUCAUGGUUGCAGACUUUAUUUUGUGAAUUAGUUUUAAUAACAUUCAUUGGGGAUUAUCCCUUAUAUGAUUCAUAAUAUGUUUAGAAUCUCUGUGUGGAAAUAAUAAAAGAAACAUUUUUAUUUAUUUAUUCACUGAUUUCAAA